AUGUCUGUCAACAACAAUGAACAGCGACAUGAACAACAAGAAGACGACGACGAAGUAAUCCAAAUAUUAGCACCAGGAAUCCAAAGAAAUUUCAAAGAAGAAAUAACAAACGCAUUUAUCCUAAAUUUCCUUUCAUACCCACUAAUUCUUCUAUAUUUUUUAAUUACAUUCACAUACGUAACAUCCAAAACAAUUCCCUAUGAAUUCAUUGACGAAAAAUUCCAUAUAAAUCAAACAUUAACAUACUUGAAUGGCCAUUGGACGCAAUGGGACCCCAAGAUAACUACCCCUCCAGGGUUAUACAUACUAGGUUGGUUAAAUUACAAGAUUGUCCACAUAAUCCCAUUCAUAAAGUCAUGGUUUUCCGACCUAACAACAUUAAGAUUGACGAAUUUAUUCGGUGGUCUGAUAGUAUUGCCAAUUUUCAUAUUAAGGCCAAUUUUCCAAUUGAAUGCAGUUGGAUUUUGGCCUGUCUCUUUGAUGUGUUUCCCCUUAUUAUCGACAUUUUAUUACCUCUACUAUACUGAUGUUUGGUCUACAGUUUUUAUCUUGUGGUCACUGACUGUUGCUUUGACUUUACCAUUUGGUGAUAAUAAGUGGAGUAUUUGGUUCAGUAGUGGGCUGGCUUUGAUUAGUUGUCUUUUCAGACAAACUAACAUUGUAUGGACUGGAUUCAUUAUGAUUAUUGUUGUGGAAAGGAAGGCAAUCAUUGAUAAGAAAUUUGAUAAUCAUACAUUUAAUAAUUUUUUGAAAUUAUUUAUUCAUUCUAUUGAUCAGUUUAACAUGUUGGUUCUACCUUAUUUUGUUAAUUUUGUUUUGUUUGCCCUGUUUUUAAUAUGGAAUAGAUCAAUUACGUUGGGUGAUAAAUCAAAUCAUUCAGCUGGUAUUCAUUUGGUUCAAUUGUUUUAUUGUUUUACAUUUUUAACUGUGCUGAGUUUACCACUCUGGUAUAGUAAAGUUUUCAUGAAAUUAUACUUGAUAAGAUGGCGAUUGAAGUUAUUCAGAACGAUUUUUGAACUUCUAAUGAUUAUGUUAGUUAUAAGAUAUUUUACCAAAAUCCAUCCAUUCCUUUUAGCUGACAAUAGACAUUAUACAUUUUACCUUUUCAAAAAACUCAUUGGUAAUAAACAUAAACUAAUUAAAUAUUUCUUAAUGGCACCAAUCUAUCAUUUUUCAACUUUUGUCUAUAUGGGAUUAAUCAAAGAAAGUGAAUUAAAUUUGACUUUAACAACACAACAAAUUUUCAAGAAUUCAUAUGAAUUACCCAUUCAACUAACUCAUAUUUCAAGAUUAGCAUUAGUCGUAUGUACUAUUUUCACCAUUGUACCAUCACCAUUAUUUGAACCAAGAUAUUAUAUUUUACCAUAUUUCUUCUGGAGGAUAUUUGUCAGUCCCGUACCUGAACCAAUCUUGGCGACAAUACCUAUUCCGAAAGAAGAUGAAGAACAAAGGUAUGUUGUUUCGUCGACGAAUAGACAAUUAUUGGAAAUGAUCUGGUUUUUGCUGAUCGAUUUGGUAACGUUAAUAAUAUUUAUUAAGUAUUCUUUCUCUUGGUCAGAUGAGGAGUUCCCGCAAAGAAUUAUAUGGUGA